CUCACCUGAGAUCAUGGCAUUUGACGGUACCUGGAAAGUAGACCGCAGUGAGAACUAUGACAAAUUCAUGGAAAAAAUGGGUAUUAACAUGGUAAAAAGGAAGCUUGCAGCCCAUGAUAAUUUGAAACUGAUAAUCACACAGGAAGGAAAUAAAUUCACAGUCAAAGAAUCAAGCACUUUUCGAAGCAUUGAAAUUGUUUUUGAACUUGGUGUUGCCUUCACAUACAGUUUAGCAGAUGGAACUGAAGUCAAUGGUGCCUGGACCCUUGAGGGAAAUAAACUUAUUGGAAUAUUCAAACGCUUAGACAAUGGAAAUGAGCUCAAUACAACCCGAGAAAUUUCAGGCAGUGAACUAGUCCAGACUUACGUUUAUGAAGGAGUAGAAGCCAAGAGGAUCUUUAAAAAAGAAUAA